AGUACUACACUAGUACACUAGUACACUACGUACACUACGAGUGUGUUGUAAGUUAGUCCAACCUUAACGUGAAUCUGACUCUGAGAGUGAGAACAAGAACAAACUGUCAUUUGGAUUGGAUUCGAUUGGAUUUUAUUUUGUAUUAAGAAAAAGAAACGAGAUUUAAUACAUUAAUUAAUAAAGAUGCGAUUACGAUUUAAAAUUAAUACUUCCAUUAUAAUUGAAACUUAAAAGAAGUGAUGAAUGUAUCAAGCAAUAAGAAAAAUACCAGCAAAAGCAACAAAGUGCUUACCUAAGUGCUUCAAGUUGAAGUUGAAGUGUAACUGUUUUGUGUUGUGUUGUGUUAAGUGCAACACAAGUUCUUAAAAUAAAAAAUACAAGUUCUUGAAUAUCAAUCAUGACAUGAGAUCAUCUAGUUUCUUUCUAAUACCAUCAAUUCUAAUUCUAAAUUAAAUCAUUGCAUUGUUUUUAUUCUUUUGGUGGGUUUGCUAGCUAAUCAAAAUAACUUUUUAUUGGUUAUACACGAUUCUCAAGAUACAGAUACAGAUACAGAUACACGGUACAGUAUACAGAUACAGAUUCAGAUUCAGAAACACGACGACGAUUCACGAUAAUAACACUCAAAAUCAGGUGGCAGAUUUAAAUAUGGAGAUCGAUUUUGAUUUUGAAUUAAAUGCUGAAUCCGAUCAUUCGGAUAUGGGAGUUCAUUGUUUAAAUGAAUCUUGGUUUUUAUAUUUACGAGAUAGCGAUCAUAAAAUUACUACAAAAACAACAGCUCCUUGUAAAAAAGAGGCGCGUUUAGAUGUGCAUGUAGGAGAUCACAAAGAACAGUCACAGUCAACAUCAACAUCAACAUACUCAGAUCUAAAUAUAUUUGGCACGAUACCAAUAUUAGAAUCAUUCUCAGCAUUAUCGUGUAUAAUACGACCAACAGCAACUAAAUACAACUCAACCUCUUCAUCGAUUUCAUUCUCCAGUUCCAGUUCAUCGUCCAGUUCUUCGUCUAGUUCAUCGACAUCGUCCACACUGAACGAUGCGUCUGUUAAUUGUUACAACAAUGUAAUAGCAUGUUUAGAAAUACCUAGUUACACCGGUUCUGGGACAUCAUCUCUAGCGAAAUCAUCACGAAAACGACCCUUAAUCAAUUAUUCAGAAAGUGAACAUGAUAGUGCGUUCUCAAGUCAUUCCCCUUCGACGGCAUCAUCGAGUAGUUACAACCAAGAUUUAGAUACAACAAUUACUGAUAUUCAACAGACAAUACCAACACCAACAUCAACACUAAACUCAUCUUCAUCGGACAAGUUAGAGAAGUCAUCUACGUCUACGUCUACAUCUACAUCUAGUAAAAAACGUUUUCAAGCAUCAUCCAAUCAUCCGUCACCGUCACCAUCUUUAAGUUCGACUUCAUCUUUAAGUUCAAGUUCAACUAGUAAACGAACAACUAGUUCAACUAGCAGUACAAGUAGUACGACGAAUACGAAUACGAACAUAAACACGAACACGAACACGAAUAGUUCAGGACAUGUCGUGGAACGGGAACGAGAACGAGAACGAGAACGUAAAACAACAAUCGUUAAUGUUAAUGUUAAUGUUAAUCCACGAUUAAGUCGUAGUCGUGACACUCGCGACACAAUCAAUCUACCUCAAGAAAAUAAACAAUCUCCCUGUGAUAAUAUAACUGUAACUGUUACUGAAUCUAGUUCAGUAUCAGGUCUAGCUGGUCUAGCAGGUCUAGUUGAGCAACCAACUGCAUGCCGAACACGAACUGAAUUAAUUGCGCUCAAAGGAAGUACUCCCACUGUUGAAAUUCUACAGGAUGCUGUCUCAACGGUCGUUGAGACAUUAUUAGAAACAGCUGGAUCACCAACAAAACCAACGGAUGAACCAGCUCUGCCCGACGAUGACAGCGACGUUAAACCGACGUUCUUAGAAAACACACAAAUCAAAGUUGAACAAACGCAAACGCCUCUAAGUAGUCCGGGUCAUUCAAUAGGUCAGAGUCAGGGUCAGGGUCAGAGUAAAGGCCCUGUAAGUGAAUCGAUCAGUUUAAUAAAUAUCUCAGUGGAUGAACUCAGUAUAGAUAAAUUAAAAUUAAAACAUCCAAGUUUGUUUACACACCACGAAGAUGUUGAACCAGCGAAGAAAUUCGUUAAAUACGAUCCAUUUAUAACGGAAACGGAUAUUAUUUAUGGUGACGAGGAUAGUUUAGAACAGAACAAACAGAAAAUAGUUAAGUUUAAAUAUUCGCCAUUUGAAUCCAGAUCGAACGAAGAUCGAACUUCGAAUUUAUUUAUAAUGAAAUUAGAGGAAACAAUUGAUGCGCCUGAACCGUUACCUUGUGGGAUUUACGAAAUCGAAGCGACGAAACCAUUCUAUCGUAUCAAAGCCGAUCCAGGGAUCUACGACGAACGGACAGCGACGAACGAUUUGGAUGAUGAUAACGAUUGGAAGUUAACGAAACUAGCAACAUUCGAUUUUGAUAUCGAACAAGAAGAAAGUGCACCACGAACGCCUCAAACGCCCGAGUGCAUGAAAUGUGUUGUGCAUGAAACCGAUGAAGAGUUUACCUUUGUAAAUAUGUUUAGUGGACUCUAUGACAUUGAGAGCGCUGCCCUUCCCGACGACUCUCGCUGCUCUGUUCAAUUGAGCAACUUACCACAAUUGAAUGGUUUACAAUUCAGACAAUUAGUUUCAAAACCGCAUGCACGUUCGAAAGUUGGGAACGCGAUCACACCGAACUUGUUGCAAGACUUCCAAAUGAACAGCACUUUAAAACAAUGUUUGAACAACUUGAACCAUUUGAAUCGAUCGCGCACCGUCAACCACAACAACAACAAUAACAAUACUUCUCAGCUGCGGGCUUCUCAAAUGCGUCCAUAAUUCGAAUUUGUAAGUGCGGAUUUAUCAACGAAUAAUCCGCACUUACACCCAAUUGUUAUGAAUGAUAUUGCUAAUAAUAUUACGUAUAUUAUUAUCUAAAUUAUAUUACUUAAAUAUAGUAAAACCACUUCAAACACAAACCAUACAAACUUUAUAACGAUAACGAUAACGAUAACUAUAACAAUAACUAUAACGGUAACGCAACGCAACGCAACGAAAUGCUUCGCGUCGCAUCAUGUCUUCUUAAAGACAUCUACAUAUUGACAGUACGUAACUAAUUCAAAUCGUUCAUGAAUGGCUAAUUCUAAGACAUUAAACAUUUUUUUUUUUUUUUCAAUAAUUAUCGAGAACGAAAUUUUUUAUUUUGUCCUUCCUGUGAACCCCCUCAAAAUGUUGUCGAUUAAAAUCAAAAGUAGCCAUUCGCUAGGCAACAAUCACGCUGAAGGAACAACGAUUAUGAGAUAACCAAUCACAGUCCUAUCAAGUUAGGUGAAAUUUACUCAAGUUUUUUGGUUCAGCAAUGCCAUCUAUGCCAAACUUUAGUUUUUGAUCAAAAUUUUCAUAUGUGCAGAAAAAAAGGUGAUUUUAGGAAAAAUUCACACUUUUCCAUGUUUUUGCACAAUUUUUUUUCUAUUUACUCGAUAACUAUACUUUUUAGAUAAAAA